AUGUUUGCUCAUCAUGCAUUGGGUGCAACUAACUUUGAUUUACAUCCAACACUUAGACCAUAUGGUGAAAGCAUUGUGGAAAAAUGCGAUGGCUUACCUUUGGCUUUAAAGUCGCUUGGAACUUCAUUGAGGGCAAAAACUAACGAAGAAGAUUGGGAGGAGCUGUUGAAUAGUAAGAUAUGGAGUUUAAAAGAUGAAGGCGGCAUUCUUACGGCUCUUCGAGUAAGUUACCAAGAACUUUCUGCUUGUUUGAAGCAAUUGUUUGCAUAUAGUUCCUUGUUCCUCAAAGAUUACGUGUUUGAGAAGGAGGACUUAAUUCUGUUGUGGAUGGCGGAGGGCUUUUUGCACAAAUUAACUACAGGCGACCCAAUGGAAAUGGAACGCUUGGGUGAGAUAUAUUUCAAUGAGCUGCUGUCAAAGUCAUUUUUCGAAUAUGUUGACGACGAUAAAUCGUUGUUUGUGAUGCAUGACCUUAUGAAUGAUUUGGCAAUAUAUGUGGCCAGAGAAUUCUUCUUAAGGUUAGAUUUGGAGAUGAAGAAUAAAUAUGAAGGGGAUACUUUAAAAAGGUGCCGACACAUGUCCUUUGUUCGUGAGAGAUAUAUGGUUUGCAAAAAGUUCAAGGAAUUUGAGAGUGCUAAUAGUUUGAGGACGUUUCUAGCGGUUCCAGUGGUAUCGAGAAAUAGCCUGGAGCUAUUCUUCUUAUCGAAUAAGAUUUUAGUCGACCUACUUCCCCAAUUACCUCUACUAAGGGCUCUUUGUUUGAGUAAAUUAAUGAUAGACGAGAUACCAGAGUCCGUUGGCGAUUUGAAGCACCUGUGGUAUCUUAAUCUACCUCAAACUCGAAUUACACAUAUGCCAGACAAAGUUAGCAAUCUUUAUAAUUUACAGACCUUGAUCGUGUUUGGCUGUGAAAUGUUGAAGAAGUUGCCCGACAGCUUCUUGAAACUUAAAAAUCUACGUCAUUUUGACAUUAGGGACACUCCGCUUUUAAAGAACAUGCCGUUAGGUAUUGGUGAGUUGAAAAGCCUACAGACUCUUUCCAAGAUCGUGAUUGGAGGAGAAAACGAGUUUGGAUUAAGCAGGCUUAAGAACUUGAAGAAUCUUGGCCAAAGUCUUUCUAUUCAUGGGCUAGAGAAAUUGCAAAACGGUGAUGAAGCACGGGUGGCAAACCUAUCACAAAUGAGUCUUAGGGAGUUAGAGUUAGAAUGGAGCGAGGUGUCUAAUAUACCUGCGAAGCAAACACUUGCUAAAGAGGUCCUAGAUGUGCUCAAGCCUCAUAGAGAUAAUUUGAAAAACCUUGAAAUUAAGUCAUAUGAGGGUAUAGAUUUUCCAAAAUGGGUUGCGGAUCCAUCUUUCGAAAGGUUGACUGAUGUUUCGAUCAAUAAUUGUAGGAAUUGUGAGUUUCUGCCACCAUUUGGGCAGCUGCCGUCAUUGAAGAAGUUGUAUGUUGGAAACAUGGGUGAUGUGAAGGAGGUGGGAUCGCUUUUCUUAGGGACUGGUCGUGCUUUCCCUUCACUUGAGAUUCUACAAUUUUUUGAUAUGCCAAUGUGGGAGGUAUGGUCAAUCAAUGGUUGUGCUCUAGAUGCAGUGUUUCCAUGCCUUGAAACGCUUCAUAUAGAAAAGUGUCCUAAAUUGGUACAAGUAUCACGUGAAGCACUACCUUCAUUGAGGGUUUUAAGCAUAGUUAAAUGUGAUUAUGUAUUGUUGAAAAGUGUGGUUUGUGUAGCUUCGUCAGUGACCAAGUUGAGUAUAGGGCGUAUAUCAGGACAAGAAGAAGAAGACGUCCAAGAAGAAGAAGAAGAAGACCUAACUCUGUGGGGUGGAUUUGGAUCUGAACAAGAAGAAGAAGACGUCCAGAGGUUCCCAACCUCACUUCUUCCGUUAUCAUCGUCUCUUACGUCACUUUCAUUAAUUGGUUUUAAGAAAAUGGAAAGCAUAUCAGAGGGUCUCCAACGCCUCACCUCCCUCCAACAGCUCUUCAUUAUAGGUUGCCCACAAAUACAAGAUCUACCAGAAAAGCUGUUGCCUUCACUUUUGAGCCAGUACUUCUCUAACAUAAAUCAAGAACUAAAAGAAAAGAUGGAGAGUAGAAGCAGCUCCUAUUGGCCCCUUCUCUCCAGAUUCCUUGCGUUCAAUAUAAUGAUUGAAUAAAUGUCACAUAAUAUCAACAACAGCAGCAAGUUUAUGUUUUUAUCUUGUCAUUCCUUCAUGGAUUCACUCACUUCGAGACUUUUCCAUCCGAUGGAGAUACUAGCUCGCUGGAGGUGUUGACCUCUUUUAAACUCUAUGUGUAGAGGCAAAUAGGUAGCUGCUUUUUAUUGAGUUUUCGUAUAAAUUUAUGUUCUCACUAUAGUAUAAACGCUAAGAUGCACAACAAAUAAAUGAUUUCUUCUUUUUUUUC